GCCAGGUCCGGCCUGCUCCCGCCCGGGUGAACAGCGCGGGCUGCAGCCUCCGGUCGCAGAAAGCCGGGGGUUUGCUCCCUGCCCCCCGCCGCUCCCAGGACCUUUUCCUUCGUCUCGUCCUGGGUCCGCAGUCGGGCAUGACAAGUCAUUAAGACACAAAAACCAACCGCGGAUCAUUCACGUCCCGGCCUCGGCAGCACUGCACCCAGGGUGAGCUUCCCUUCAGCCUAAUGGAUGCAGAAAAUCAUGGACUAAAUAUAGACAGUGGAUUUAUGCCACGUUAUAACCUGACUCCGCAGAGCAACUGGGCUUGAAUCGAUUGGGUCGCAGGAUUACAUUGUUAAACCGUAUCUGGAGGCGGAGACUGAAUGACUGAGCAGAAGCCCACGGAAGAAAAGACCCCCUGCAAGCCGUGAGAUGGCUACAAAACCGAAGAAAGGCUUAAAAGGUUCCAUCAAUGAUGUGCUCGGUGACCUUCUUGGAGACGAUGAUGAAAUCCCUGUUAGAUCUAACAGACCUUCCCAGCCUUCUGGGACCAGUGGAGGGAGACCCAGGGGACCCAGCUCCAGGACCAGCAACAAAUCCCUUUUUGAGGAUGACUUUUUCAGCAAGCUGGCUGCUGAGGAAGGUGCAGCUACAGAGGGAUCUGAUGUUUCGGAUGCAGAUCCACAAGCUCUGCUAGAAUCCUUGAAGGAUAUGGACAACAUGGAAGCUGAUCUCUUAGGCAUAAAAAAGCCUGGUUCUGGGCCUGGCAGGACAACUGCAAAGAGUCCUGAGAAGAUUGAGUCAUCAAGAAACCCAGUAAAACCAGCAGGGAAGCUAACAAGUACUGAGAAAGAGUUGGCAACUAGGAUCGAAAAGAAAGUUCUUACCACUCCCCCGACCACCUGGCAGCAAUAUAAGAAGUUUUCCUUUGAAAAUUUAGAUGAUCCUUUGACAGGGCUUUUGUCAGAUGAAGAGGAAGAAGCUGCCAAGAAACUGCCUCCAUCAGGCCCCAAAACUAGCCCUGAAAGAAACACUGGGCCAGCCAAAGGGAAAGCAGAGACAUCACUCUCUUCGAUGCCUCACCACACAAUGGCCCCCAUGCGGAAGAAGGAAGAGCUGAUGUUUGAAGAUGAUGCUGAUGACCUCAUGAGCGCCCUGGGGUUUGGCAAGAGUCUGAAGGGAGAUCUGAAGCAGGAGAGGAAGGGGGAAGAAGAAGAGGUCCGCCCUGCCCGCUCCAAGCUGGAUGAGUUGUUGGGACGAGGGACUUCAGCCAAACUCCUGGAGCGACCAGCCACGGGGGAACCAAAGGAGUUCAAACUGGAUAAGAAAUACCAGAAGAAGCCAGAUAAGGAAGACAUUUGGGGAGACGAGGAUUUCACCUUUGGUGCCUACCAGCCCACCCUGGCCUCCACCCCAGAAGGCCACCAGUCAAGACGUCAGUCUGUCAGGUUUUCGUCAGAGAAUAUCAGUGAACUGAAAACUGAUCAAAGGUCGAAACCAGCUACUCCACCUACCAGGAGCCCCCUGCGAAGCAGCAAAAAUGGGGCUGAUUGGCUGGGGCUGAAAGAUGAGGACUUCAUUGAUUUGGACCCUCUGUCUCCACCUAAGGACUCAGCCAAAGGUAUUUCCACAGCAGCCCCCUUGAAUGUGCCAUCAAGCCCCUCAGCUGCCAAGCAACCCAGCCCUGCCAGCCAACCCCCAUCUGGGACAAAGCCGGCAGCAGCUAAACCUGCUCCAACAGAGGAGGAAGAUAACUGGCUGAGUAAUGCCCUGUCUCGGAAGAAAGCCCAGGUGCAGGGGAAGGUCAGCGAGGGAAGUGCUGGGCCCUCAGGUCCUGUGGUGCAGGACAAAGAUGCAGAUCCCAUCUCUCACCCCAGCCAACCAGAUGCCUCAGGAAAAGGACCCCAGCACCCUGCUGCAUCAGAGGACAAGCCUACCAGGGUGGAAGAGCCUGGCUAUCCCAUUCCACGGCUGACCACUCCAAAACAUGACUUGUCUCUUGCAUCUGAGUCCAAGAGAGUGGCAUCCUCGGGUGAUACCAGCAGUGCUGGCCCUGUUGCUGCCUCCCAGGGACAUCAGGAGAGUCUUGGCCCUUCCAUGCUGACCCAGGUUGUCGCAUCUGGGGCUUCUCUCCAGCAGGCUCUACUGCAGCAGCAGCUCAUGCAAUCCGAGCCUUUGGCCCUGAGCUUGCUGAACACUGGGGACUACGAGAAGAGGCUGGUGGCUCUGCAGGCACAGUUGCGGGAGAGUGUGGCAGGGUACCAAGCAGAGCUGCUCAGCACCCAGACUCACCUGGCACAGCUGGAGAGCCAGGUGCAAAAACUGGAACUGGAGAGGACUCAGCAGAAGUUGCUCCUGGAGAGUCUGCAGCAGCGACACCAAGAAGACUUGGAGCUCAUUGAGAACGCGCAUAGGAGUCGUGUGAAGAUGGUGGAAGACUCCUACCGUCAGCGCGAGGAGAGGCUGCGGCAGGAGAACGAGCAGCUAGCAGCACGACUCCUGUCCCAGUGCCAGAAUGCAGAGCAGGCCAAGGCUGAGCUCCUGGCCCAGCAUCAGCGCCGACUGGCAGAGCUAGAGCAGGAGAAGGUGCAAGAGGUGGAGAGGCUGCGGGAGUUGCAACGGGUAUCCAUUUUGGAAAUGUGCAGAGACCACGAAGAGCAGCUACAGAGGCUAAAACGACUGAAAGAUCAGGAGAUUGAUGCAGUCACCAGUGCCACUUCCCAUACCAGGUCUCUGAAUGGUGUCAUUGAGCAGAUGGAGAAGUUUUCCAGUAACCUGAGUGACCUGUCCCACAAGGUGGAGGUCACACAUCAGAACACAUCACAGGAGCUUGAGAUUGGAGCCCGGCAGCGAGAUGAGCAACUCCGUGUGCUGCAGGAUAGACUGACACAACAGCAGAGAGAUAUGGAAGAUGAGCGGGGUCGGCUGCAAGGGGUCAUUGCCAAAAUGGAGGCCAGGCUAGGGGAGCAGACGCGGCUCCUGGAGCAGGAACGCUGGCGAGCCACCGCAGAGCAAUCCAGAGUAGAAUCUCUACAGCACUCGCUAGAGGAACAGAGGAGGGUCAUGACGCAGCAGCUCGCCAUGGAGAGGGAAGAACUGGAGAGGGCAAAGAGUGCCUUGCUGGAAGAGCAGAAGUUGGUCAUGCAGAAGUGUGCAGCAGAGCGGCAGAAGCUCUCCACAGAGUGGCUGGAGCUCCACACCCAGCAGAGGCUAAGCAAAGAGCGCACAGAGCGGGAGGUGGACCGUGCCCUGCAGAUGGAUUCCCAGAGGGAAGGCACCAUUAUGACUCUGGCUAAGGAGCAGGCAGAUCUGAAGAUCAGAGCCAGCGAGCUGCGAGCCAAGGAGGAGCAGCUAGCAAGAGAGAGGGAACAGCUGGAGCAGGAGAGGCAGGAGCUGAGACUUGAGAAGGAAAGAGUCAACACUGCCGCCUUGAACAUCAAACAGAGGGCAGAGGAGAUUGACAGCAUGAGCAAGCUGUCCUCGCAGAAGUACGAGGAGGGGGGGAGGGCCCUGCUAGAGGCCAGGAAGGUGGAGUCAGAGCAUCAGGAGAGACUGCGCAUUGUGCAACAGCAAAUGGAGCGAUUGAAGCAGCAGGAGCAGCAUCUGCACCAGGAGCGCCUGAACUUGGCUCAUCAGAGGAGACAGCUCGAACAGCUGCGUGAAAAGCUUCCCAACAGCCCAGUGCUGUUACUGCCCAAACCAGAUUUAACUCCUGUUAUGCAGUUACCUAGGCACAACCCUGGCCAGAUAGGAAUCCCCGAGGGCACUGCAGGACAAGGUCCCUCUGAGUUGUACGCCAGAUUGAUGCUGCUUAAGUACACAGCUGACCGGGACCGGGAUUUCUUGGAAGAUGAACAGUUCUUUUUGGAGACCCUGAAGAAAGCUUCCUACAACACUUCUUCCCAGACAGCAUGAGGAGAGCUCAGCUGCACCUGCAACCCUGGGAGAGUUAACUUUUUGUAUAAAAGAGAGAUUUUGCAAAUUUUUAUAUUUUUAUGCAAAAGAUGGAUGGAAAAAAUAAAUAAUUGCCUCAUCUCA